UGGCUUCCUGCGUCUCCUCAGAAGAGCAUGCGCGGGGCGGGGCUUGCUUAUUUGAAUCCUGGGGAUCUUUGGACUCCGGAGUUUCAGAGAUAGAGGAAUGCAUUGGAACAUGCACAAUAAUGUCACCUCAAAAGAGAGUUAAGAACUCUCAGACACCAAAGAGAACUUCACGACAUAGUAAUAGUUAUCAGAGUAAUCUCUUGGCCUGGAAAUUGAAAGAGAACCUAAGCAACUCAAAGAGCAUCUCGAAACAUGGACAAAACAGUACAGUGGAAGAUUCUGAACAUGCUGAUGCUGAUGAGCUAGCAAGAGAUGCUCUGCAAAUAGCAAUGAGAUACUUUGACAAAGGUCCCUUUAACACACCAUGGAAUAAAGAUAAAACCUUGGAAAAACACCUGAAAACUGUGGAAAAUGUGGCUUGGAAGAAUGGGUUAGCUCCAGAAGGGAUUGACAUUCUAUUAAAUGUGGCACUCAGUGGCAAAUUUGGGAGUGCUGUAAACUCUCAGAUAUUGAGAUGCAUGAUUCCAGCAACUCUAAUAUCAGAAGAUUCUGUGGUUAAGGCGGUCUCCUGGCUUUGUGCUGGCAAGUGUUGUGGUAGUACCAAGAUACUUUUUUAUCGUUGGCUGGUUGCAAUGUUUGACUUCAUUGAUCGCAAGGAGAAAAUUAACUUGCUCUAUGGCUUCUUUUUUGCUUCAUUGCAAGAUGAUGCACUGUGCCCUUAUGUCUGCCAUUUCCUGUAUUUACUUACUAAAAAAGAGAAUGUCAAACCAUUUCGUGUGAGAAAACUGCUUGAUCUUCAGGUGAAAAUGGGAAUGCAGCCUUAUCUCCAUGCUUUAUUGUCACUGUAUAAGUUCUUUGUUCCCACUUUGAUUUCUAUAUCUUUGCCUAUAAAGAAGAAGAUAUAUUUUAAGAAUUCAGAGAACCUGUGGAAGACAGCUCUAGUUGCUGUGAGGCAAAGGAAUCAGGGACUUUCUCCAGAACCUCUAAAGCUGAUGUUAGGUCCAGCCAAUGUCCGUCCUGGAAAGAGAAAAUGGAAUUCUCACUCACUUAUACCAGUGCUAAGUUCCAGUAGCCACAGCAAAGAAUAUGGAAAAGAAGGAAUGAGUCUUUCUGAUUAUCUCUGUAGCAAUACACCAUUUCCAGUAGAACAGCUUAAAAGCUUCCUUCAACUCUUACAGAACAUUCAUUGCUUAGAGCUGCCUUCUCAGAUGGGUGCAGUGCUGAACAAUUCUUUGCUACUUCACUAUAUUAACUGUGUCAGAGAUGAAUCAGUCUUACUGAGGCUAUAUCAUUGGUUGAAUCAAACAUUGCAAGAAGAAUGUAUUUGGUACAAGGUGAAUAAUUAUGAAUGUGGAAAAGAAUUUACCAGCUUCCUGGACACUAUCAUCAAGGCAGAGUGCUUCUUACAAGAGGGGUUUUAUUCUUGUGAAGCAUUCCUGUAUAAGAGCCUUCCUCUCUGGGAUGGCUUCUGUUGUCGAACACAGUUCCUUCAACUUGUGAGCUGGAUUCCCUUUACUAGCUUCUCUGAGGUGAAACCAUUUAUUUUUGACUGUCUGGCACAGCUCUUCUUUACAUCAACCAUUUAUUUCAAGUGUAGUGUUCUUGAGAACCUUAAAGAGCUACUGCAGAAUUGGCUUUUGUGGCUUUCUAUGGACAUCCACAUGAAAAAUGUGAUGGACAAUUCUCUAGAGACAACUCUCAGUGGAUCCAUGAAGUCUGUGUUUGAACUAAUUCACUAUGUAGGGUGGCUGUCCACUAAUGCAUUGCGCUUGGAAAGCAACAGUACUUUCUUGCUGCACUUUGUUUUGGAUUUCUAUGAGAAGGUGUGUGACAUAUAUAUAAAUUAUAACCUUCCAUUAGUGGUGUUGUUUCCUCCUGGAAUCUUCUAUCUUGCACUCCUCAGUGUGGAUUCGAGUAUCCUGAACCAGCUCUGUUACAUUAUGCACAGAUACCGUAAUAAUUUGACAGCUGCAAAGAAAAAUGAGUUGGUACUAAAGAUAAAAUCAGAGUUUAUAUUCAGCAGCAAGACCUAUCAAGAAUAUAAUCACUAUUUGACAGCCAUGGUUGGUUGCCUAUGGACAUCCAAACCCUUUCAGAAAGGAUCAUAUUUCGACCCAGAAGUCUUUAAAAAAAUUGGAGUUGCAAAGUAUAAAACCAGUUUAAAUUUAGUCCAUCACCCUGCUCUGUUGAGUUAUGCUAUUUCCUUUUUGCUAAAGGAAUGGACAGAAGAAAGGACAGUAAACCUGAGCUCCAUUCGGGGAAAGAAAUGGAAUGGGUAUUUGGACUAUUUAUUUUCAGAGGGCUUACAAGGCUUGAAACAUUUCAUACAAAGCAGUAUUUGUCAUUCUUCUGUCCCCUGAUCAAACGGCAAAAAAACCUAUGAUCAACAUGAAAUGAAUGCUGAGAGAAACAAACCAAGCAUACUGGACUAAAUUCCUUCAUUGUUGCCAAAGAGGCCAAGUGGCUCACCUUGAGUUUCCAUAUUCUUUUCACCAACAGACUACCAUCCUCAGGGAGUGAUUGGACUGGCUUUCCAUCAUGGCCCAGGAGAGCUUUGAUUCGGCUUUGUUUGUCAAGAUCUAGAUUCUUAAAUGCACUAGUGAAAAAUGAUUCAAUUGUCAGGCUCUGCUUUUUACCAGAUUAUAUAUAAAGAUAUAUCCAUUAUGUAGUGGGAUUUUUCACAUUCUUGUGGUAUAUAAGCUGCCUUGAUGAAAGAUGGCAGGCAAUAUAUAGUGGCAUUUAAGCCACAGACAUAAUUAUGCAAAAUUCUCUGCUGCCUCUAUGAAUAUUGCCAUUUUUCUGACUGAACAAUAGAACCAACACCAAGUUAACAAGUAGUUGGGUGAUUCCUUGGCUUUCACUGGUAGCAAUUUGAUGAGAGAAGGAAGGAAAGAGAAUUAUGGGAUAAUCAAGAUAUUCCUAUUUAUUACUGCUUUGGUUUCAUGGAACUGCUCUGUUUUGUGUGUGUAUAUGUAUUUACUCCAUUUUAAGUAUUUAAGCACUAACUGCAACUUUAUUUUCAGGGGUAAUUCUGAAGCUUUUAAAAAAUUUUAUAAUAGCUAGAAUAUCUUGCUGAAAAUGCUUCAGUACUACUGAAUAACUCUCUUUUAAUAAAAUUCAUACCAUUUGAGAGAGAUCAACCUGGAUUUUUUUAAAUUUUAGGACACAUUUUUGUAUUUCUUUGUUUUUCUUUUAAAGCAAAACAAAACCCUAAAAUGUAUUAUUGGAUAAUGUUCAGGAUCGAACCCCAUGUAUUCAUUCAUUUUUGGAUUCGAUACAUAUUUAUUGUGCUUGCUAUGUACCAGGUACUCUUCUGUUUGCUGGUUGUGCAGCUGUGACCAAUAUAAAGUACCAGUUUUUGUGGAAUGUACUAUAUCCCAUUGGAAAAGACAUAAAAAAUGUAAAUAAAUAUAAAAGUAAGGCACUGUAAAGAAAAAGCAAGGAAUAGGGGCAGAAUGUUGAGAGGGUCACUAUUUUAGAUAAGGUGGUUAGAGAAGGCCUGUUUGAGAAUGUGACUUAUGCAGAGGCCCUAAUUAAAUAUGUGUAUGAGUCAAAUGAAUAUUUGGGAAAUAACAUUCUGGGCAGAGGUAAGGGCAAAUGAAAUGGCUUAAAAAUAUUAACAUAUUUGGCCUGUUUGAAGAAUAGCAGAGAGGCCAGUAAGGUUAAAACAUAGUAAUUAAAGAAGGCAAAUGGUAAGAAAUGAAACAGGAAAGCCAGAGAGUAGUUCAUGAAAGUCCUUUUAGCCCAGAAUGGAUAGGUAAUAGGAAGUCAUUAGAAGAAUUGAAAACAGAGGAGUGAUGUAAUUUGACUUAUCUAUAUGGAACUGCAGUGUGAAGAUUAGACUGAUGAGGAUUUAGCGUGAAAGCAGAGAGACUAGGUAGUUUAUUUUACUAUUCCAGGCAAGGGUCUUAGGUUAGUGUGGUUGAUGAGGAAGAACUGGUUAGAUACUGGAUUCUGCCUCUAUUCGAAAGGCAAACAAGGUAGAAUCUGCUGAUAACUUGGGUAUUAGGAGAGGGAAAGAGAUGGGUAAAGGAUGACUCCUAGGUUUUUGACUGAGCAACUAGGUGAGUUCUGGGAUGCAGAGAUGAGGCAUACUAGAAGAACAGAUGUGGAGGAGUGUGGAAACAGGAGUACUUUUGUGGCUAUGUUAGGCUGGAGAUGCUGAGUACUCAGUUGAAUAUCCAAGUCUAGAUUUCUAGGUGCAAGUUGGGAGUGGCACAAUUAAUUUGGGACUUACUAGUUAAUCACCAUGACAUUGGAUGAGAUCACUUAGUAUAGCUGGAAAACAGAAGGUAACAAAGGACUGAGCCCUGAGGGUGUGCCAAUGUUAAAAAGCAGAGAAGGGGAGGAGCCAGCAAAAUACUGAGAAGGACCCUCCAGUGAGCUAGAAGAAAAAUAAGGAACUGGUGUGCUGGAAGCGAAGUGAAGAAAAUGUUUCAAAGGAGUAUUUAAUGAUGUGGAAUAUUGCUUGUAUACCCAGGAAAAAGAAGUGUUAGCUGCUUCAAAAUAAAUGUGAUAGCUUCCCCAAUAGGUAACCUCAUAGAGUUCUAUUUUUUAUGUUUGUACUUCAAAUAACUUUCCAUAUUGUUUUCAGAACAUAAUAUUUUGAUCUUUAAAAUCAUGUAGAACUUGCACUUAUGAGAAAGAAUUCAAUUUAACCACUAGUAAUCUUCAGAUUAUGAAGGAAACUUUUCUAAACUUAUGUUUUAAAACAAAAUUUCCCUUCAGUUUGUCAUUUGUUCAAUAAUUAUUCUCUGGGUACCUUUUUUGCCUCAAUUUUUGUUCUUGAUCAAUGUUUUAAUUCAUUUAAGAUUAGAUAUAUGGCUAUAUAGGCCAUACCUAGUCAUUUGAAAACCCUUUUUUGAAGAUCCUGCAUGGCAAAGUAAAACAAGAUUAAUGUAAGAAUAGCUGUUUUUGCUUUGGUGGAAAAGAUGUUAGAAAAAAAUAGAAAAUUUUAUUUAUUAUCCCAGUUGUACAAAAGAAUAUUUUCCUUACCUAGUAUUUGUGUAAAAUUGUUGAAGUUAUGAAUAUUGACUUAAUGUUCAUUGCUAAAGUUGUUCCUAUAUUUAUAACAUUUAUUUUCCUUUUUAACAUCACUUCUUUUUCCUCUUUGUCUUUGGAGUGAUCUGGAAAUGAAAGUAGAUAAGUCUGGUCCUCACAUAACUUUUAUUAACAUGGUAUAAAUUCUCUCUUUAUAUUUUAUAUCACAAAGUGGUUUACUAGAAGGAAAAAAUAUUAUCUAAAAUUUGUCAUGUGAAAAAUUCUAUUUCUAAUAUGGAUGUUGUGGACUAAAUGUAUCCCUCCAAAUUCA